AUGUUCCUGGAGAGCUUCCGCCUCCCCGGCGAGUCCCAGCAGAUCGACCGCAUCAUGGAGGCGUUCUCGAAGCACGUGUACGUGCAGUGCGCGGAGCACGCGGAGCUGCACAGCGCGGACGUGACGUACUGCCUGUGCUUCUCGAUCAUCAUGCUGAACACCGACCUGCACAACCAGAACAUGAAGGACGAGGCGCGCAUGACGCUCGACGACUACAUCAAGUUCAACACCACCUACGGAGAGAUGAACCGCGACUGCCCGCUCCCCGCCGCCCUCCUCACCUCCAUCUACCGCAGCAUUCUCGCCGAGCAGCUCCUCAUCGUCGACGACGUGCGUUUCUUUUUCCCCGUUUCCACUCCAGCCGCAGAACGAAAACAUCAUCACGCCCCUCAAAUGGGCCGAUUUCGUCGCCCUCAACCGCGACUUCUUCCCGCGCAACGCCCACUACCACGUCCUCUCCCUCUCCGAGCUCCCUCUGUACCCCCGUUUCCCCGUUUCCACGAUAGCAUGCACGCGGAGCUGCUGAAAGCCACGUCGCCGCUCCUCCUGCAGACGCUCCAGACGCUUCUCCAGCGCUCCGCCAGCGCGCUCUGGGUCUCCACCGCGCUGCGCAUGGCGCGCUCCCUCCUCCGCGCCGCCGCCCACGCGCAGAACAACCUCCUCGUGGACUCCGUCGUGCAGCUGCUCGUCGACCGCACCCGCCUCCCCGUCCGCCCCGCCCGCUUCCACGCGCUCAUAACCGCGGAACCGGCCAGGCCCGUCGGAGACCUCUGCUUCGUGCGCGCGGAGGGAGCCGAGACCCGCGGGGGAGCGGGGAAACGCGUGGUGUGGCUGGAGUACUCGCCACUGCGGAAUGUGCGUGAGUUCGGUCGUGGAGCGAGCGAGGACGCGGAGAAGGGCGGUGUAUGCGUGGGAGUGGAGUGCUAUAGAACGCUGCUGGAGAUGAUUCGGGAGAAUGGAGGGUCGAUUCAGAAGGGGUACAGCGAUGUGGUAAUGAUGAGUGAUCGGGGUUUGAUUUUAGUUCUCGAUGGUGUCGGCGGUGUAUUUUAUGGGAAUGGUGAGCGCGGAGAAGGAGAUCUUGGCUCGUUUCGUGGGGCGCGAGAACGAAAUCUGGACGUCGCCCAACGAAAUGAAAGCGAUGUUCAACGCGCCCGACGCCGCGCCCGUGCUCCGCCAGGUCGUUCUGGCCGAGGCGAAGAGUCACGUCAAUGUGGGGAUGCAGACGAGAUGCGAGGUAGAUUCGGCCCGUCUGUCAUGACCACUUGA